AUAGCAUCUCUAUCUGCAAGGCAGUGCUCUGAGCUGGUCAAGGUUGGAGACCACUUUAUAGCUCCAACCCAAACCCCUUAAAUGCUUGUCUCAGAGUUCUGCCCUUGCUCCUGGGUCGGCCUUUCUUGUUUUCUGCAUAGAAUUUUCUCCCCCACCAACCUUUCUCUCCUUGGCCAUCAGAAUGAUUUAUUUUCCUGCCACUGAUGCCUGCCGGCCUGGGGCAUUCUGAUCACUUGGUCCAUUUCAAAGGAAGCAAAAGCGAAUCUCCAUCCUAGUGUUUGGGGGAGAGAAGCCCUGUCCAGCACUCAGUCUGAAGUCCUGUCUCAGAACUGGAAGAAAGAAUGGAGGAGAAGUUGAAGCGAUGUAACUCCUCCUUGAGUCGCCCUCUCCCCUGCAGUGCUGUUUCCCACAACAGAACCAGGGUGCAAUUCUCCCUGGUGCCCAAGAGCAGGAAGGUGUGGGAGGCAAUUCAGGCUGCCAAGGAACAACUGACUGCCUCUGAACCAACCAGUCCCCAACCAGAGCGACAAGGACUCGAAGAAGAGUAGGAGGCUUGAAGAGGGACCGAGGAACCAGAGUCCUUUCCCUCCCUGCUGACACGUUCCAGUACUCUUCCUGGAAAUCGGAAAUACUCACCGCACCCGAGCCCUAGGGGUAUGAAACCCAGAGUGCCAGGAGCCGCAAGAGCCUGCUUGGGACGGCAUUGCUUUGGCUGGCCGCCGCCCAGGCUAUGGGGAUUUGGAUACAAGGACCUGGGGCUGCUUGGCACAUGCAUCUAUCUCUCUCCAGCCAUUCCUGAGAAGUUGAUGGCGAAGGAAGAUCGGCAGGCUUCGAGAGCCGCCUUUCGUUUUCCGCUGCCCGCAGAGCCAGAUGCAGAGCUGCCCUGGAAAAGCCGGCUAACAAUGGGCCAGGGGCGCAGGUUCCAGGCUCGACAUUAAGAGGAGGCGAGGGGCUACGAGGGAGGAGAAGGGAACAGGAUAGAGUGGGGUGGGGGAAGGAGAGAGGAAAAAAGGAAAGAGGGAGGGAGGGAGGAGAGAGAGAGAGAGAGAGAGAGAGAGAGAGAGAGAGAGAGAGAGAGAGAUGAAUAUGAAUCGGUUCUGAGAUCCAGGAACUGAUUUUGGAAAAAGUAGAGGAGGAAGAGGAAAGGUGAACCCCAAUAUUCAUAUAUUCUCUCUCUCUCUCUCUCUCUCUCUCUCUCUCUCUCUCUCUCUCUCUCUCUCUCUCCUCUGUCUUCCCCUCUGCUCCUUUCUCUUGCCUCAGCAGAACUUAUGUGGCUGGGAUGCAGGGCCCUGGGGUGUCAAAACUUUGAAGAUUAAUGGAUUACUUUGUUAAUGACUGCAGGCGUCAGGCUGAGGUGCUUAAAUGAUUUGUGAGGUGCGAGGCGUCUUCCCGACAGUCCCAAACAAUGCACGCGGAGUGUGCGGGGGAGGCAGAGGGCAGCCACUGGCGGGACCGGCAUCAGGGCUCAUAGGCACACACACUCACACACACUCCAGGGAGCACACUAGAUCCUUGCAGAUCAGUAGGCAAACCGGCACUCUCGUCCCCCACGCACUCCAGGGCACUCCCAUCCACACCCACAUAUAUGUAUUUUUGCCCUGAAAAAAAGUGUAAAUAAAGCCUCGAUGGCCCCCAAUGAGGCGUUCCUUUCUGACUUUUUUGGAUCAAUCAAACAGACAGUGGCUUCUUUUGAUUAAAGCCCAAAUUGUCAUUGGGCAGAAGCAAUCAUGUGACAGCCAAUUCGGUCCAAUUUCAACCUUGUCUCCAUGAAUUCAAUAGUUUAAUAGUAGCGCGGUCCCCAUACGGCUGUAAUCAGUGAAUUAGAAAAAAAACACCCCAGCAGCGAUCUUCUAUGAUAGAUUUUUUUUUCCUUCGCUCUCGCCUUUUUCCUGGGCCUUGCCCCCCCAAAGCCCCUCCAAAAGAGGGAACUUUUCCUCCGAGGGGGCUCCAAGGAGAAGGCCAUGAAUUACGAAUUUGAGCGAGAGAUUGGUUUUAUCAAUAGCCAGCCGUCGCUCGCUGAGUGCCUGACAUCUUUUCCCCCUGUCGCUGAUACAUUUCAAAGUUCAUCAAUCAAGACCUCGACGCUUUCACACUCGACACUGAUUCCUCCUCCUUUUGAGCAGACCAUUCCCAGCCUGAACCCGGGCAGUCACCCUCGCCAAAGCGCUGGCGCUGGCGGCCGCCCCAAGUCGAGCCCCGCGGGCAGUCGCGGCAGCCCGGUGCCCGCCCGCGCCCUGCAGCCGCCUGAGUACCCCUGGAUGAAGGAGAAGAAGGCGGCCAAGAAAACCGCGCUGCCGCCCGCCGCCGCCUCCACGGGCCCUGCCUGCCUCGGCCACAAAGAAUCCCUGGAAAUAGCCGAUGGCAGCGGUGGGGGAUCCAGGCGUCUGAGAACUGCUUACACCAACACUCAGCUUUUGGAACUGGAAAAGGAAUUUCAUUUCAACAAGUACCUCUGCAGACCCCGGAGGGUGGAAAUCGCCGCGCUGCUGGAUUUGACCGAGAGACAAGUGAAAGUGUGGUUUCAGAACCGGAGGAUGAAGCAUAAGAGGCAAACCCAGUGCAAGGAGAACCAAAACAGCGAAGGGAAAUUUAAAAACCUGGAGGAUUCGGACAAAGUGGAGGAAGACGAGGAAGAGAAGUCACUCUUUGAGCAAGCCCUCAGUGUCUCCGGGGCCCUUCUGGAGAGGGAAGGUUACACUUUUCAGCAAAACGCGCUCUCUCAACAGCAGGCUCCCAAUGGACACAAUGGCGACUCCCAAACUUUCCCAGUUUCGCCUUUAACCAGCAAUGAGAAAAAUUUGAAACAUUUUCAGCACCAGUCACCCACUGUUCCUAACUGCUUGUCAACAAUGGGCCAGAACUGUGGAGCUGGCCUAAACAAUGACAGUCCCGAGGCCCUCGAGGUCCCCUCUUUGCAGGACUUUAAUGUUUUCUCCACAGAUUCCUGCCUGCAGCUUUCAGACGCACUGUCGCCCAGUUUGCCAGGCUCCCUGGACAGUCCUGUAGAUAUUUCAGCUGACAGCUUUGACUUUUUUACAGACACACUCACCACAAUCGACCUACAGCAUCUGAAUUACUAAGAACAUUAAAGCAAAAGAAAGCUUCACAAAACAAAACGCCUUUGGCCAGGUGGCUUUGCCUUCUUUUAUUCCGGGAGUUGAUUUUCGUUCUAUUCUCUUCUCGAUCUACCCCUGUUCUCUUAAAUGUUCAGGACUUUCUGUUUUACACCCAGUUUGAAAGCCAUCUCUUCCAAAUGAUGUUGGCGUUCUAAGUGUUUUACACCGAACCCAACAAGCUUCUAUGUGAUUUUCCUGAAAACAAAACACGAGGCCUGCAAGAAAGUGACCAUAAGUUGUCUUGUCACUUUCUUUUUAUUUUUGUACCACAUUAGGAUGCAUUGUCAUGCGUAUUUUUGGUAGAAUAAACUCUCCUCUGCUA